GUGAAUGCUGUUUUAUUGUUAUUUUUCUUUCUUUUGCACAUUAAAAACAUAAAAAAUGCUGAAACCCAAAGCUUUGACGCAGGUACUCAGCCAGGCCAACACUGGGGGCGUGGAGAACACACUCCUGCUUAGCCAGGAGGGUGCUCUCCUGGCCUACUCCGGGUACGGCGACAAGGAUGCCCGAAUUACGGCCGCCAUUGCCAGCAACAUAUGGGCGGCAUACGAGAAGCACGGGAGGAAUGCAUUUCGCGAGGACCGCCUCACCUUUGUACUGAUCGAUUGCGAAAACGGUCAUGUGGCCAUCACCCAGGUGGCCAGUGUGCUGCUGUGCUUGUAUGCCAAGCAGACUGUGGGACUGGGCCUGCUGAAGCAAAAGGCCAUGUCGCUGGCCUCGUAUUUGGAGCGACCGCUGAAGCAGAUCUCUGCCUCGUAAAGAUAAUGCGUUGUGCGAUAUACAUAGAAGAUGGCGAACUGAAUAUAUUUAUAAGUGUUU